AUGGAUAAGUGGGUAGUACUGAUGAAACCUACAAAACAUGCGGAUAAAAAUCAGCAAAUCGUUAGCUUUCAUAGCAAUCUUUGCAUUGAAAUGCUGCUAUAUUAUACCAGCAAACCACACUCAACAACAGAAAAUACUAAGAUGAAAAUCAAAAUCAAACUCAUCAGAACAGCCGAGCAGGCAACGUCGGCCCAAGGUGUUGUAUCAAUUGAUGAUCUCUUAACUGAAAUCUUGUUGCGUCUCCCCAUAAAAUCACUCAUUCGCUUCAAGUUAGUAUCCAAACACUGGCACUAUUUGAUCACAAAUCCGAAAUUCUGCCAUCUACGUAAUCCGAACCCCAAUCCUGCCUUAGGCCUUUUAUUGCCCUUCCCUAACUUCCGCAUUAGCCCCUUGUUUGAAUAUGUCCCCUUCUCGGUCCAAAAUCCAACCAAUCCACCUUUUAGAAAGCUCAAGUUUACUAAAGACCCUUCUCGCAUUAGUAUCUUGCGGUCUUGCAAUGGACUCUUACUUUGUAGUAGCUUACGAGCUCGUAACCAUAAUCUCAAGUACUAUGUCUACAAUCCCACAACAAAACGCUUCACUACACUUCCAAAACCAGAUCAAGGAACCGGGAUCAGAAAGAAAAUAUGUGGUAUAAACUUAGCUUUUGAUCCUCCCAAGUCUCCCACUACAAAGUUGUUUGUGUUCAACAUUUAGAAUUAGAUCAAGAAGAGAGAGAAUAUCAGAU